AUAAAUCAUGGAGGGGCCAACAAACCAAGCCAGUAGGAACAUUUUGGAGUUGAAGAUCCCUUCUAGAAUAACCUUACCUCUAUGUGACCAAUUCUUAACCAGAGGAGAGCUUAAUGAGGUGUACUGCAGUCCUGAGGCUGUCCAAUGAAAAAGGGAUGGAAAUCUUCUACUUGAAAGACCUGGAGGGAGAUGACCUGAGGUAAACUCCCAGAAUUACUUGGAGUCCCCCUCUAUAUGAAGAUCUCCUGUUUCUACCCCCUCCUCAAAUUCUUUAGACUCAGUGAUGGAAACAGAAGAGAUAUAUGUAUCCUGUGAAGAAUAGCAGAUCAAUCCUAAAGUGACUAUCACCGAAUAGAAAAAAGCAACUCUUCUUCAGUCAUUUAUCUUCAGAUAUUUCCAGAAUCCAGACCUUCUGAAUCAUGUACAAGACAAAGAAUAAGCAGAGGAAUCAAAUUUUUCAAUGCACAAAAGAUAUUCACAACUCGGAAAAAGUUGGCAUCCAGAUGCUUUUUAGACCUUUAGCUCUGAUUUUAGGAUCUUGUGGUACUGUUAUGUCUGGAGCCAGCAUGGUUGUAAGUAAAUCCGAAGUUUGGGUAGAGGAAGAAUCACUUACGGAGCCAGAAGAAAAGCAGGAAGGAGAAAAUUCCCCCAAAGCUGAAGUUGCUUCUCCAGAAAUUCUCAAUCAGGCAAAGCAUAGGAUGUUGCAGAAGUCCUGCCAUCAGCAGUUUGAAUUCAGAGAUGGACAUAUUUUCAGCUCUUGCAUUCCGAACUUGGUCUUGGGGGUCCAACAUUUUAAAUUGCAUUCAGGUUCCGGGAUUGUUUUGGUGAAGAAGAAUUGUUUUGAUAAGCAUCAGAAAUGGCUCCACAAAGAAGAGAGCAGGACAUUUCACCUGAUGAUUAAUCCAAACCUGGUACUUGCAGUAGCCCUGCCCACAGUCUCAAUGGAGAAUCUUGCCAAGAUCAAAAGUUUCCCUGUUAUUAUUCAGACGUACAAACCGUACUCUAAUGGGGCUUCCAAUCAAAAGUGGCUUUACCUGAAAAACAAGAACAUACUGAAGGCCUUUCAUAGCUCAAAGAUGGACAUAGAAGUCACGAUUGCGAAUCAUGCUGGCAUUUGUACGUCAACUGUGACAAACGAAGAGGAGGUCAACCAAGUAGGCUACUCCUUCCGUCCACCUGGCAGCAAGACCAGGGUCAUGAUCUGCUUGGCCUGCGCCAGGUCUGUGGUCAGCCAGAAAGAUCUGAAAAAAUUAUUUCCAGGAAUCAAGUUCUUCUGUGCCUUUGGUUCCAGGGAGUGCAAACAAUUCACCUUAAGAAACCCUAAAGUCAUCAAUAUGAGCCAGAGUGAUUUAUCCUCUUGUGAAGAUGAAAACAGUCUAAGGCAUUAUGAAGAACUUCUGUUAUCUUUUCAACGAAGGGUCAACAUGCAAUCUUUGUCACAUGAUAUUUUGGCAACCAUGCGCCAGACACCGGUAAAAAUAAUCGCGCACAAAAAUGGAACGAGAUCCGCUAAUGGCAAAUUAAUUAUUGCUCAAUCUUUCCCUGUGCUUCUUUCAGGAUGCACAUUACAGCUUGGUCUGAACAGAGCAGCUUCUAGACUCUACACAUAUGAUGGCACAGCCAUCCUUAACCUAAAUAAUUUAAUUUUGUGGGCUAUAAAUGAAUUUUUAAAAAAUAGAGACUCAGAAGAUAAAAAAUAUACUUCUUCUGAGGAGAACAAAGAAAUGGCUACUCAGAGUGCAGAAGAUAAAAAAACAAACCAAGGAGAUAGCAAGCCGUCUCCACAAAUCAUGAUGCCAGCCCGUUUUCAUUCUUUCAACUCUUCUUUGCUCUCCCACAUUCUCAAAAAUCCCAUAGAAGUUUGGGUUUCAUGUGGGGAACCAUUUAUACCUCUGGAUGCUCUGCAAAGAUCAGAAAAACUUCAGAGAAAGAAUUGGCUAAAGAAAGACAGAAUUUUGGCUGAUCUGGAAGUCAUGAAACAUAAAAUGAGACAGUUAAAAGGACGAAGAGUCUUUGAGAGUAAUCCUGGAAACGGAAUUUACCCUAUUUGCCCUGGUAGGGGCACAGUACUCAGAGGUAACUGGAUGGAGCCCUCUCAGGAGGAGAGGAAAUUACUGAAGUACAUUAUAAGUGCUAAGGCACGCCUUACUGAGGUCCAAAGCCAUGAGACCAAAUGCAAUUCUCCAGUGUCGACUAAACAGACCAGCCUGUAUCUUCAGCCCAACACAAAAAGAGUCUUUGCUUACCUCAGCGGUCACGAACAUGAAGAUGGUUUUUAUGUCUGGGGCAGAUCAAUUGCAGAGCUCCUGAAUGAGAGCUCCCUGCGCCUUGGGAUGAUGUGCCCGGCCAAGACCAUGUAUACCCUGGAUGGAAAGCCCCUGACAUCUUGGAAUGAUAUUAAGAGGGACAUGGUCAUUUGUGUUUCUGCUGGAAACCAUUUUGUAAGCCAGAAAGAUAUAAAGCAACGGGUGUCCAUGCGAGCAAAUUAUGCUCGUAUCAGAAAACUGAAGGGGCCUCAUGCUACAGAUAUUGUUGCGUUUUCCAUAGAGAGACCCCAAUCCAAGACAAAUAGGUCAGACUCAAUCCUGUCUCUGCACACAGCUUCUUGUUUCGAAGGCUGGGAUCGGCCUCGUUCAGCUACCGCAAAACAAAUGAUUACAGUAGAGAAGCCAUUUAAAAAAAAAUGAAGACAACGUGAAUUGAGAUGAAUGCAAAUUUUCCAAACCAAAUUUGAACAUUUAAAGAAAAUUCCAUAUUAGGCUCAAAAGUACAAAGUGUUUUUCCUCAUUUUGGGGGAAAUUGCCUCCUUUGUUUAGAAAAUUGUCUGUAGCCCAUCUGUCAGUUGGUGGUGAGGGAUAUCACAUAGACAAGAGGAGAUAGGGCUAGGCAAGGUAAUGCUCAUUGUGGAGAAAGAUGAAGAUGUAUACUGACUCUAGUUUUCUAAUCUGCAGGAGUUGGUUUGAAUGACCAAUCCUCAGAGGGACUGGGAGGGCUAACCAGGAGAGUGAUUCCUGCUGUUAACCCUCGCAAUCUCAAUAAUGCCCACCGGCCCCCUUAAAAUCUCAAGAUGGGGGUGGUCCCUUUUGUUGUUCCGUCGCUAUCUGCUUUCCUGUCUAACUCAAUUAGCCUUUGAGUAUAUCCAAGAUACAAAAUGAUGUUUUCUAAAAAUUAAGGAAAUAUAAUGAGAUAGAUACCCAAAUAUAUAGAAUGUUAUGGAACCGUUGCCUGUUGAGGCAGGGAGUCUAUUCUAGCACCACACAGGUUUCAAAUGACGACAUACGACUUAAUGGUAGGUCUACCUGAUGGUCUCUUAGGUAUCUUCAGCUUUGUUCCCACAAACCAAAAGGCAACUAAGGUUUUGUUUUUAUUUUUAGAUUAACCAUCUCCCUCUCACUCACCCUCACCAGCAGUCCUUUUUCGUCACUCAACUAAUUUGCGAGGAAAAAUUUUGGUGGACUCCAGUUCAUUUCAUUUUCUUUCUUGACAGUCCAUGAAAAUAGUUAAAGGUGGACACAGUCAGUCAAAUAUAUUAGCAAUAUGUAUACAAUCCCUUCUCCUUAAAAAGCCAGGAAUUAACACUUUCUUUUCAGCUCCUUGUCAAUUUGAAAAAAAAAUGAAUUAUUAUUUUCAGGUCAUUUUUUUAUUUAUGCCUUCCAUAUUCCAGCUAGAUAGAAUCUCUUCCUUUUCUUCUCUUUUCUUCCCUUCCCCUUCCUGUUCUCUGAAUUUUUCUCUUCCCUUCCAUUCCCCCCCCUUCUCCCCCUCUCACACACACCCCUGCAAACAGUUCUAUCCACCAGCUGCUAUAUCAAGUCAAGCUUUCUUAUCUAAAAAGGUCCCCUUUACUUCCCCCUUACCCAUCCAAUGAUACUUAUUGAUAUUCUAUCCAUCUUUCAAAACCUAGGUCAAGAAACCUCUUAUUAAGAUGGCAGCAUGAAGGUUAUAAAGGAA